AUGGGGCCGCGGGGCGCCGCGCGCGCCCUUGGGCUGUGCGUCCUGCUGUGCUGCGCCCGCGCGCCGCUGGCCAGCCCCGGGGUCGAGGGGGACGUGCCCGAGGGCGCCUCCACCCUGGCUUUUGUCUUCGAUGUCACCGGCUCCAUGUAUGACGACCUGGUGCAGGUGAUCGAGGGGGCGUCCAAGAUCCUGGAAACGUCUUUGAAGAGACCCAAGAGGCCGCUGUUCAACUUCGCGCUGGUGCCGUUCCACGACCCAGAAAUUGGUCCAGUGACUGUCACCACAGAUCCCAAGAAAUUUCAGUAUGAACUCCGUGAGCUGUAUGUUCAGGGAGGGGGCGAUUGCCCAGAAAUGAGUAUCGGAGCAAUCAAAAUCGCCUUAGAGAUUUCUCUUCCCGGCUCCUUCAUCUAUGUCUUCACGGAUGCCCGGUCCAAGGACUAUCGGCUCACUCAUGAGGUGCUUCAACUCAUUCAGCAGAAACAGUCCCAGGUGGUCUUCGUGCUGACGGGAGAUUGUGAUGACAGGAACCAUAUUGGGUACAAGGUCUAUGAGGAAAUCGCCUCGACCAGUUCUGGCCAAGUGUUUCAUCUGGAUAAAAAGCAAGUGAAUGAGGUAUUGAAAUGGGUUGAAGAAGCAGUCCAGGCUUCCAAAGUUCACCUUUUAUCCACGGACCAUUUGGAACAUGCUGUCAACAUCUGGAAAAUUCCUUUUGAUCCCAGCCUAAAAGAGGUCACGGUGUCCUUGAGUGGCCCUUCUCCAGUAAUUGAAAUCCGAAAUCCUUCAGGCAAGCUGAUCAAAAAGGGAUUUGGCCUGAAUGAGCUUUUAAAUAUCCAUAACUCGGCCAAAGUGGUCAAUGUUAAGGAGCCAGAGGCUGGAAUGUGGACAGUGAAGACAUCCAGCAGCGGGAGACAUUCUGUUCGCAUCACUGGCCUCAGUACUAUUGAUUUCCGCGCAGGCUUUUCCCGAAAACCUACCCUGGACUUCAAGAAGACGGUUACCAGACCUGUACAAGGGAUACCGACCUAUGUACUGCUGAAUACUUCUGGGCUUUCAGUCCCUGCCCGAGUAAAUCAUCUGGAAUUGCUGAGUAUCUCUGGUGUUUCUCUGAAGACCAUUCCUGUCAAAUAUUACCCAGAUCGGAAACCUUAUGGCAUCUGGAAUAUUUCUGAUUUCAUACCACCCAUGGAAGCUUUCUUUCUCAAGGUUAUGGGCUAUGACCAGGAUGAUUAUCUCUUUCAGAGAGUGUCCAGUGUCUCAUUUUCAAGUACUGUCCCAGAUGCCCCCAAAGUGACAAUGCCCAAGAAAACCCCCGGAUACUACCUGCAACCAGGCCAGAUUUUCUGCUCCGUGGACAGUCUCUUACCAUUCACUGUGAGCUUCGUCCGAAAUGGGGAGACAUUGGGAGUAGACCAGGAUCUCAAAGAAGCUGCAACACUGAGUUGGGACAUCGCUGAGGUGACCCUGGCGGACGAGGGGCUCUACGAGUGUGUGGCCGUGAGCACUGCAGGCACGGGGCGAGCACAGACCUUUUUUGACGUCUCAGAGCCCCCGCCUAUUGUCCAGGUCCCCAGCAAUGUGACAGUGGCCCCAGGACACAGAGCAUUGCUGACAUGCGUGGUGAUCAGUGCUGUGGAUUAUAAUCUUACUUGGCACAGAAGCGAGCAAGAUGCCCAGCUGGCAGAUCCUUCCAGAAUCCGCAUCCUGGCCAACCUGUCUUUGGAGCUGCGGAGUGUGCGGCCUGCAGAUGCUGGACACUACAAGUGUGUGGUGUCUAGUGAGGGUGGUACAGCUGUGGCCUCAGUGUUCCUCACAGUGCAAGAACCGCCCAGGGUCUCUGUGGUGCCCAAGAAUCAGUCCUUCACAGUGGGCUCUGAGGUGUCCAUCAUGUGCUCCACCACAGGGCACCCCAAGCCGAAGAUUGCCUGGACUUUGAACGACAUGUUUCUUAUUGGUUCACACAGGUACAGGAUAACCUCUGAUGGUACCUUCAUUAUCAAAAAUGCAGUUCCCAAAGAUGCAGGUGUUUAUGGCUGUGUGGCGAGCAACAGUGCAGGGAUGGAUAAGCAGUCGACCGCGCUCCACUACAUUGAAGUUCCAAAGCUAAUGGUGGUUCAGAGUGAGCUCCUGGUGGCCCUGGGUGACACAACUGUCCUGGAAUGUCAACCCUCGGGGGUUCCCCCACCUCAAGUCCAGUGGUUCAAAGGCGAUCUUCAGCUUAGACCGUCCACUUUCCUUCUCAUCGACCCUCUGCUGGGACGACUGCAGAUCCGAGAAACUCAGGACCUGGAUGCGGGUGAUUACACUUGUGUGGCUGUCAAUGAAGCUGGCAGAGCCUCAGGCCAUAUUACGCUGGAUGUAGGCUCUCCUCCAGUUUUUAUCCAAGAACCUGCUGAUGUGGCCAUGGAAAUCGGCUCGAAUGUGACGCUGCCCUGCUACGUACAGGGUUACCCAGAGCCUCAGAUUCAGUGGCGGCGAUUAGACCACAUGCCCCUCUUCUCCCGAGUAUUUCCAGUGAGUUCCAUCAGCCAACUCAGAACAGGAGCGCUCUUUAUUUCAAACUUAUGGGCCAGUGAUAAAGGAACAUAUGUGUGUGAAGCAGAGAACCAAUUUGGGAAGAUCCAGGCCCAAGCAACGGUCACUGUCACAGGGCUAGUCGCGCCUAUGAUUGGAAUCAGCCCUUCGCAGGCCAGCGUCGUGGAGGGCCACCAGCUGACCCUGCCCUGUGCCCUGCUGGCUGGGAACCCUCUCCCCACCCGGCGAUGGACAAAGAACUCAGCCACGCUGAUUCAGAAUCCCUACAUCACAGUGCGCAAUGACGGGAGUCUCCACAUGGAGAGAGUCCGCCUUCAGGACGGUGGUACAUACACAUGUGUGGCCAGUAACAUCGUGGGGACCAGUAACCGGACUACCAGGGUGGACGUGCAUGUUGUUCCCACCAUCCAGCAUGGACAGCAGGUCCUCAGCACCAUCGAGGGCAUCCCAGUCACGCUGCCCUGCAAAGCCAGUGGGAUUCCCAAACCUUACAUCACAUGGUCCAAGAAAGGAGAGACAAUUUCUAGCAGCAACGCCAAGUUCUCAGCUGGCGAUGAUGGCAGCUUGCACGUGGUGGCCCCCAGCGGUGAGGAGAGUGGAGAGUACAUGUGCACGGCUACCAACACGGCUGGCCACGCCAAAAGGAAGGUGCAGCUGACAGUCUAUGUGAGGCCCCGAAUCUUUGGUGAUCAGCGAGGACUGUCCCAAGUGGAGCCGGUGGAGAUCUCAGUGGUGGCCGGGGAGGACGUGACACUCCCCUGUGAGGUGAAGAGUUUGCCCCCACCCAUAAUCACUUGGGCCAGAGAGAACCAGCUCAUCUCCCCCUUCUCGCCAAGACACACUUUCUUGCCAUCUGGAUCCAUGAAGAUCACUGGUGCUCGAAUCAGUGAUGGUGGAAUGUAUCUUUGUGUGGCUACAAAUCUUGCUGGAAAUGUAACUCAGUCCAUAAAGUUAAGUGUUCAUGUCCCUCCAAAGAUUCAGCGUGGCCCCAAGCUCAUCAAGUUGGUGGGUCAAAGUGUGAGCUCCCGGUGCCAGUCCUUUGGCUCGCCCCCACCUGAGCUCACCUGGCAGAAGGAUGGCCGCACCUUACAGGAUUUGGGACGUGGGGUAUCAUCACCCCAGAAGGUUCACUGCGCAUCCCCCAGGUCCUUCUCUCUGAUCGGCAUCUACACCUGUGUGGCCACCAAUGUGGCAGGCAGAGAGGAAGCUGAGAUAACACUGCAUGUCCAAGAGCCGCCCUCUCUGGGAGAGCUGGACCCUCCCUACAAUAGCCCAUUCCAGGAGAGAGUGACCAGCCAGCGUGUUGCAUUCCCAUGCCCAGUGACAGGAACCCCCAAACCGACUAUCAAAUGGCUCCGGAAUGGUCGUGAACUGACAGGCCGUGAGCCAGGUGUCUCUGUGCUGGAGAAUGGCUCCUUGUUGGUCAUUGCUGCUUGUGCACCCCAUGCUGCAUAUGACAAUGGGGAUUACGUCUGCGUGGCAGUGAAUGAAGCUGGGACCACGGAAAGGAAGUACACCCUCAAGGUCCAUGUUCCUCCAACAAUUAAAGAUACAGAGCAAGUCACCAACAUAUCAGUAAUGGUCAACCAGUUGACCAGUCUCUUCUGUGAGGUGGAAGGAACACCAACUCCCAUCAUCACAUGGUACAAAGAUGAUGUCCAGGUGACUGAGAGCAAAAAUACCAUUCAGAUUGUCAAUGGCGGAAAGGACACUGAAGCUUUCCGGGCUUCGGCCGAGGAUGCAGGGAGUUAUUCCUGCAAAGCCAUCAAUAUUGCGGGCACACAGAAGCAUUUCCACAUCGAUGUGUUAGUUCCUCCCAGUAUCACCAGAACUAGCUCCUCCAGCGAGAUUGCGGUGGUGCUCAGCCAGGACGUCACCCUAGAGUGCCGGGUCAUCGGGACCCCCUUUCCCUCUGUACACUGGUUCAAGGAUGGCAAGCCUUUAUUUUUGGGAGACCCUAACAUUGAGCUUCUAGAUGAAGGACAAGUGCUGCAUUUGCGAAGUGCCCGGAGAGGUGACAAGGGCCGAUACCAGUGUGUUGUGAUUAAUGCUGCCGGCAAGCAGACCAAGGAUAUGAAACUAACUGUCCACAUUCCACCGAGUAUCAGAGGCGGGAAUAUCACUCUGGAAGUGUCUGCAUUGAUCAACAGUGGCAUCAGGCUGGAGUGUGAUGCCCGUGGGCUGCCUGUGCCUGUGGUCACUUGGUCCAAGGAUGGACAGACAGUCGUCCCAGGAUCCCAGGCUCUCUUCCUCAAUAAGGGGCAGUUUCUUCAUAUUCCUCAUGCCCAGGCCUCCGAUUCAGCCACCUACACAUGUCAUGUCACCAAUGUGGCUGGGACAGCUGAAAAAUCUUUUCGUGUGGACGUCUAUGUUCCUCCCACCAUAGAAGGAGACCCGGCUGGACUGCAGACCAAGCAAGUGGUCCUCUCCCAUGCGCUGACAUUGGAAUGUAAUGCAGCAGGUCACCCCCUGCCGGCUCUCACCUGGCUGAAAGAUGGGGUCCCCGUGAAGGCCAGUGACAAUGUCCACAUUGACUCUGAUGGGAAAACCCUCAACAUUCUUAGCAUCCUGGAGGCUGAUCAGGGACAAUAUGUGUGUGUGGCCACCAGUGUGGCAGGAGAGAAAGAGAUCAAAUAUGAAGUGGAGGUGCUAGUGCCCCCAGUGGUAGAAGGAGGAGACGAUGCGUCAUACUUCAUCGUGAUGGUCAAUACCCUGCUGGAAUUGGACUGUCCCGCUACUGGCUGGCCGCCGCCAGAGAUCAUGUGGCAGAAGGACGGGCAGCUCCUCGACAAAAGUGACGGAGUCAAGGUCUUGCUGAAUGGACACAAGCUGGUGAUUACUCAGGCCCAGGUGUCAGACACAGGCAUUUAUCAGUGUGUAGCUAUCAACGCUGCUGGAAAGCACAAGAAGGAGUUUGAAGUGUCAGUUCACGUUCCUCCCACCAUCAAGUCGGCGGGUCUCUCUGAACGAGCAGUGGUCGCUCAGCAGCCAGUCAGCCUGCAGUGUGUCGCCCAUGGCAUUCCCAGCCCAUCCCUCACGUGGCUGAAGGACGGUCAGCCUGUGGACACUGCCCGUGGGGGUUUGCGGAUCCAGUCUUCAGGGCGAGUUCUGCACAUCGCUAGCACCAGGUUGGAGGAUGCUGGCCGGUAUACGUGUGUGGCUACCAAUGCGGCCGGGGAGACACAGAGGAACGUCCAACUUCACGUCCAUGAGCCACCUCGUCUGGAGGAUGCAGGGAAGAUGCUGAACGAGACCGUUGUAGAGAACAGCCCAGUCCAGCUGGAGUGCAGGGCUGCCGGGAGUCCCCCGCCAGCAAUUACGUGGUACAAGGACAAUCGUCUGCUCACAGCAUCACCCGGAGUCACAUACUUGAGCAGGGGACAGAUCCUGGUCAUCGACAGGGCUCAGCUCGCUGACACGGGCAUUUAUAAAUGUGUGGCGAUCAACUCUGCAGGUGCCACCGAGCUGCUAUAUGACCUGCAAGUGGAAGUGCCCCCAUCCAUCUCUGGGAGCAGCAGCGUGGUGACAGCUGUGGUCAACAAUGCGGUGCGGCUGGACUGUGAAGGAAGAGGGGUCCCAGCCCCGAGUCUGACCUGGUUGAAAGAUGGAAGCCCCGUCUCCAGCUCUGCCAGUGGAACCCAGGUUUUAUCUGGGGGCCGCGUUCUUGCACUGACCAGUGCCCAGAUCAGUGACACGGGCAGAUAUACCUGUGUGGCCGUGAAUUCAGCUGGCGAGAAGCAAAGGCAUAUUGAUCUCAAAGUCUAUGUGCCCCCCAACAUCAUGGGAGAAGAACAGAAUGUAUCUGUGUUGGUUGGCCAGUCCCUGAGACUUGUCUGUCAGAGUGAUGCUGUGCCCCCGCCUGCUCUCUCCUGGUUCAAAGAUGGCCGCCCCCUGCUGAAGAGGCAGGGCCUCAGCCUGUCUGAAAACAGAAGUGAGCUCCAGAUUGAAGAUGUGCAUGUUCGUGACGCCGGUCGCUAUACCUGUGAGGCAGCAAAUGUUGCUGGAAAGACUGAGAAAAAUUAUAAUGUCAACAUUUGGGUGCCACCAAAUAUCUAUGGUUCUGAGGAGCUUGCUCGACUCACUGUCAUGGAAGGUGCUCUCAUUAGUCUGCUGUGUGAAUCCAAUGGUGUCCCACCUCCAAAUCUCCUUUGGAAGAAAAAAGGUUUGCCAGUGGUGGCUGACUCGGCGGGAAGAGUUAGAACCCUGUCCGGGGGAAGGCAGCUGCAGAUUUCAGUUACUGAAAAAUCAGAUGCGGGAUCUUAUUCCUGUGUGGCUUCCAGUGUCGCAGGGACUGCCAAGAAAGAUUACCACCUGCAAGUUUACGUCCGACCCACUAUAGCCCACAGUGGUGGCCACCCCACGGAGAUGACUGUGACUCGAGGAAAGAAUGUUUCACUGCAGUGUGAAGUGCAGGGCAUUCCCAUGCCAACCAUCACAUGGAUGAAAGAUGGGCGCCCUUUGGCUAAAGGAAGAGGAGUGGAAAUCCUGGAUGGAGGCAGCGUCCUUCAGCUGAAGAACAUUCAUGUGUCUGACACUGGCCGUUAUGUGUGUGUUGCUACAAAUGUGGCAGGAAUGACUGACCGGAAAUAUGAUUUAAGUGUUCACACUCCUCCAAGCAUCCUAGGAAACCAUGAAGCACCUGAAAAUGUCAGCGUGGUGGAAAAGAACUCGGUGUCUCUGACCUGUGAGGCUUCAGGAAUCCCUCUCCCUUCUGUUACCUGGCUUAAAGACGGGUGGCCUAUCAACGUUGGCAGCUCUGUAAGAAUCCUCUCAGGUGGUAGGACUCUUCGGCUGAUGCAGACCCGUAUGGAAGAUGAAGGCCAGUAUUCCUGUGUUGUGAGAAAUGCAGCUGGGGAAGAGAGGAAAAUCUUCAGACUUUCAGUUCUAGUGCCACCUCGAAUUGUGGGUGAAAAUACACUUGAGGAGGUGAAGGUGAAAGAAAAACAGAGUGUGACACUCACCUGUGAGGUGACAGGGAACCCAAUGCCAGAAAUCUUGUGGCACAAAGAUGGGCAGCACAUCCAGGAGGACGACACCCAUCACUUUAUGUCCAGUGGCCGUUUUCUUCAGAUCAGCAAUGCCCACGUCUCACACACUGGGAGAUACUCGUGCUUGGCGUCCAAUAUAGCCGGAGACAAGAGCAAGACCUUCAGUCUUAAUGUGUUAGUGUCACCUACGAUUGCUGGUGCUGACGAUAGUGGCAGCCUUGAAGCUGUCACGGUUAUUCUGAACAACCCCACCUCAUUGGUCUGUGAGGCACAUUCAUACCCCCCAGCUACCAUCUCAUGGUUUAAGGACGGAGCACCUUUAGAGUCCAACCAAAACAUCCGGAUUCUUCCAGGUGGCCGGACUCUACAGAUCCUGAAUGCUCAGGAGGACAGUGCAGGCCGCUAUUCCUGCGUGGCCACUAAUGAGGCAGGCGAGAUGAUGAAACAGUAUGAGGUGAAAGUGUACAUUCCCCCCAUUAUCAACAGAGAGGACCUCCUGGGGCCAGGUCCUUCCCCAAAAGAAGUGAAGAUCAAAGUGAACAACACACUGACUCUGGAAUGUGAAGCCUACGCCAUCCCUUCCGCCACCAUCAGCUGGUACAGAGACGGACAGCCCCUGAAGUCAGACAACCAUGUGACAAUUGCUGCAAACGGACACACGCUUCAGAUAAAGGAAGCUCAGAUCUCAGACACUGGCCGCUAUACAUGCUUGGCCUCCAACAUUGCAGGUGAAGAUGAGCUGGAUUUUGAUGUGAAUAUACAAGUGCCACCGAGUUUCCAGAAGCUCUGGGAAAUUGGAAACAUGCUGGGCACAGGCAGAGCUGGUGAAGCCAAGGAUGUGCUCCUCAACAACCCCUUAUCACUGCACUGUGAGACCAGUGCUGCACCACCCCCCACUCUCACCUGGUACAAGGAUGGUCGACCCCUGACCUCAGGUGACAGGGUGCUCGUUCUGCCAGGAGGGCGUGUGCUGCAGAUUCCCCGGGCCAGGGCUGAGGAUGCGGGCAGGUACACAUGUGUGGCUGUGAAUGAGGUCGGUGAGGACUCGCUCCAGUACGAUGUUCGAGUGCUGAUGCCCCCCAUCAUCAAGGGUGCCCAGGGCCCUGUGCCUGAGGAGGUGGCCGUGCUGGUGAACAGGAGCGCACGUCUGGAGUGUGUCCCCAGCGGCAGUCCAGCCCCAAGGGUCACCUGGCAGAAGGACGGGACCCUGCUGUCUGACAGUGCUCAGCAUCAGUUGCUGUCCAGUGGGAGAAUUCUGCAGAUUCUAAAUGCUCAGAUGACAGAUAUUGGCAGAUAUGUUUGCAUUGCUGAGAACAUAGCUGGGAGUGCCAAGAAGUAUUUCCACCUCAAUGUUCACGUUCCUCCAAGUGUCAUCGGUGACAACCCUGAAAACCUCACAGUCGUGGCGAACAAUUUUAUCUCUUUGAGUUGUGAGAUCUCUGGGUUCCCCCCUCCGGAUCUUAGCUGGCUCAAGAACGGGCAGCCAGUCACACUGAGCCCCAACAUGCUGGUGGUGCCUGGUGGCCGUACAUUGCAGCUACUCCGUGCCCAAGUCUCCGAUGCUGGCGAAUACACUUGCAUCGCAGUCAACCAGGCCGGGGAAAGCAAGAAGAGUAUCUUCCUGACAGUUUAUGUGCCCCCCAGCAUCAAGGACCAGAAUGGCGAGUCUCUCUCGGUCCUGAAUGUCCGCGAGGGUAGCUCUGUGUCACUGGAGUGCGAGUCCAAUGCUGUCCCAGCCCCGAGCAUCACCUGGUACAAGAAUGGGCGUGCGCUCGCAGGGUCACCCCACCUGGACAUCCUGGCAGAGGGCCAGAUGCUGCAUAUUCUGAAAGUGGAGGUGUCUGACACGGGCCAGUAUGUCUGCCAGGCCAUCAAUGUCGCAGGGCAGGAUGAUAAAAAUUUCCACCUCAAUGUGUAUGUGCCGCCGAGUAUUGAAGGGCCUGAGCAUGAAGCUGUUGUGGAGACCAUCAGCAAUCCCGUGAGCCUGGCAUGUGACGCCACGGGCAUCCCGCCUCCCUCUAUUGUGUGGCUGAAGAACAAGAAGCACCUGGAAAAUUUGGAUUCCCUGGAAGUACACAUCUUGUCUGGGGGGAGCAGACUCAAAAUUGCACGGUCUCAGCGCUCAGACAGUGGAAACUACACGUGCAUCGCAUCCAACGUGGAAGGCAAAGCGCACAAACAUUACAGUCUCUCCAUCCAAGUUCCUCCGAAUAUUGCUGGUGCAGAAAUGCCAAGUGAAGUUGGCAUCCUGCAGGGAGAAAGUGUGGAGUUGGUAUGCCAGGCAAAUGGCUUUCCUGCCCCCCUUAUUCAGUGGCUGAAGGAUGGCAAAGUCUUGAAGACUGGGGAGGCCCAAAGAACCCGGCUGAUGGUCAAUGGCAGCACUUUAAGCAUCCUGGGAGCCCGCCCUGCGGACACAGGGAAAUACACGUGCGUGGCCAGCAAUGCAGCAGGGGAGGAAGACAGAAUCUUCCACGUGAAUGUCUAUGUUCCACCUGCGAUCCGAGGUAACAGAGAAGAGGCUGAGAAGCGGGCGACUCUACUGCAUACUUCCAUCAACAUUGAGUGCAGAGCCACUGGGACACCUGCCCCCCAGAUCAAUUGGCUGAAGAAUGGGCUCCCUCUACCCCUGUCCCCACACCUCCGGCUGCUCUCCGGGGGGCAGGUCCUCAGGAUUGUGAGAGCAGAAGUGGCCGAUGCUGCCAUGUAUACCUGCAUGGCCUCUAACAGAGCCGGUGUAGACAAUAAACUCUACAGCCUUCGAGUUCUGGUGCCACCAAGUAUGGACAAUGCGAUGGGAACAGAGGAAAUCACAAUUGUCAAGGGCAGUUCUACCUCAAUGACCUGCUUUGUGGAUGGAAGCCCAGUGCCCCAUCUGACCUGGCUGAGAGACAACCAGCCUUUGGGGCUGAAUGACCACAUGACAAUAAGCUCUCAGGGGAUGGUCCUUCAGCUCCUUGUAGCAAGGAUGGAAGAUUCAGGAAGAUACACCUGCCUUGCCUCCAAUGAAGCAGGAGAAGUCAGCAAACACUUUCUCCUGAAAGUCCUAGAGCCACCUCACAUCAAUGGCUCUGAAGACACCAUAGAGGUAUCAGUAAUAGUUAAUAAUCUGCUUGAACUGACCUGUGUGGCCUAUGGCAUCCCGGUUCCAAAAAUUAGCUGGAUGAAGGAUGGGCGGCCUCUGCCCCAGAGAGACCAAGUGCAGACUCUGGAAGAAGGAAAGAUUCUCCGGAUAGCAAAUGCUCAGGUAGAGGAUACAGGAAGAUACACUUGUCUGGCAUCUAGUCCCGCAGGAGACGAUGAUCAGGAAUAUUUAGUGAGAGUGCAUGUGCCCCCCAAUAUCGCCAGAGCAGAGGGCUCCCCUGAGAUCACGGUGCUGCGAAACAGACAAACUACCCUGGAGUGUCUCUCUGAUGCCGUCCCACCGCCCGUGAUCACCUGGCUGAAGAAUGGGGCCCGGCUGCAGGCGACACCUCGAGUUCGGAUCCUGUCUGGAGGGCGAUACUUGCAGAUCAAUAAUGCAGAUCUAGAUGAUUCCGCCAAUUACACCUGUGUUGCCAGCAACAUAGCAGGAGAGACCCGGAGGGAAUUUCUCCUUACUGUCAAUGUUCCUCCGAGCAUCCGUGCUGGCCCCCAGAGCCUGGUCAUCCACUUAAAUAAAUCAGCAGUGUUGGAAUGCUUUGCUGAGGGGGUGCCAACCCCCAGAAUCACCUGGAGAAAAGAUGGUGCUGUUGUCUCUGGGAACCAUGCCAGAUACUCAGUCUCGGCCGAUGGCUUCCUGCGCAUCCAGGCAGUGCAGGUGACAGACACGGGCCGGUACCUGUGUGUGGCCACCAGUGCCGCAGGCACUGACCGCAGAAGAACUGACCUGCAGGUCCACGCUCCUCCCUCCAUUGCUCCGGGGCCUGCCAACAUCACCACCCUGGUCAAUGUGCAGACAACACUGGCGUGUGAAGCCUCAGGUCUACCCAAACCUUCUGUCAUCUGGAGGAAAGACGGGCACCUCCUCAGCCUGGAUCAGAACCAGAACUCGUACAGGCUCCUUUCUUCAGGGUCCCUAAUCAUCAUCUCCCCUUCCGUGGAAGACUCGGCCACAUAUGAGUGCACCGUGACCAAUGAGGCCGGGCAGGACAAGAGGACUAUGACCCUCAAUGUCCAGGUUCCACCAUCCGUGGCUGAUGAGCCCGCGGACUUGCUUGUCACCAGAGGUGCCGCCUCAGUGAUCCCCUGCACAGCUGCCGGUGUCCCGCCUCCCUCCAUUCACUGGACAAAGAAUGGGGUCAGACUGCUCCCCCGAGGCGAAGGGUACCGGGUGCUCUUCUCAGGAGCCAUUGAGAUAUUUGCCACCCAACUGCACCAUGCCGGAAGAUACACUUGCGUGGCCCGGAAUGCAGCUGGUUCUGCACACCGACACAUAACUCUACGUGUCCAGGAGCCUCCAGUCAUUCAGCCUCAACCUGAUGAGGUGGACAUUAUUCUCAACAAUUCCAUUCUCUUACCAUGUGAAGCCACGGGCAUUCCCAGUCCUUUCAUCACUUGGCAAAAAGAAGGCAUCAAUCUCCUCACUGCAGGCAAAGGCCACAUGGUCCUUCCCAGUGGAUCCUUGCAGAUCCCCCGGGUUGAGAGAGAGGAUGCAGGCUCAUACAUGUGUGUGGCCCAGAAUGCAGCAGGCACAGCCUUGGGGAAAAUCAAGUUGAAUGUACAAGUUCCUCCAGUCAUUAGCCCUCCUCUAUCAGAAUACAUCACUGCAGUGGAUAAGCCUGUGUCUCUGCCCUGUGAGGCAGAUGGUCUCCCACCACCCAACAUUUCAUGGCACAAAGAUGGCCAUAAAAUACCAGAGUCCAUCCGCCUGCGUGUUCUCCGCUCUGGCACUCUGCAGAUUGCAUUUGCUCAGCCAGAAGACACUGGUCAGUACACGUGCCUUGCAGCCAAUGUGGCAGGAUCAGCCAGCGUGAGCACCACACUCAUAGUCCAUGUCCCCCCUCGGAUCCAAGCAACUGAAGAAUCCUUCACUGUCAAUGAGAACUCCCAAGCUCUCCUCCCGUGUACAGCUGAUGGAGUCCCCACACCCACCAUUCAUUGGGAAAAGAACAACAUCCCCUUAACCAAUGUGGCAGGAAAAUAUACUGUUGAACCCUACGGAGAACUUAUUCUGGAGAAUGUUCUGCCAGAGGAUUCAGGUACCUACACCUGUGUUGCUGCCAAUGCUGCUGGGAAGGACAUUCAUACUGUCACCCUGGCUGUCCACGUGCUCCCCACUUUCACAGAGCUUCCUGGAGAUGUGGCGCUGAAUAAAGGGGACAGACUCCGCCUGAGCUGCAAAGCCACAGGCAUCCCACUGCCUAGGUUAACGUGGACCUUCAACAAUGACAUUAUCCCAGCCCACUUUGACAGUGUCAAGGGACACACUGAACUUGUUAUUGAGAGAGUGUCCAAAGGGGAUUCUGGCACGUAUGUCUGCACUGCAGAGAACAGCGUGGGCUUUGUGAAAGCCAUCGGAUUUGUUUACGUGAAAGAGCCGCCUGUCUUCAAAGGCGAUUACCCUUCCAACUGGAUUGAGCCCCUUGGUGGCAAUGCCAUGUUGAAUUGCGAGGUGAAGGGAGACCCUGCCCCAACCAUCCAGUGGAGUCGAAAGGGGGUAGAUGUGGAAGUCAAUCACCGCAUCCGCAAACUCAGCAAUGGAUCUUUGGCCAUUUAUGGCACCGUGAAUGAAGAUGCUGGUGACUACACUUGUGUAGCUGCCAAUGAAGCAGGAGUGGUGGAGCGGAGUAUGAGCCUGACACUGCAGAGUCCUCCCACCAUCACUCUUGAGCCAGAAGACACAGUGGUAGAGGCUGGUGGCAAAGUGAUCUUGAACUGUCAGGCAGUGGGAGAGCCCAUGCCCAGCCUCUCAUGGUCCCAGCAGGGCCUGCCAAUUACCUGGGAUACUCGUCUUAGUCUGCUGCCCAACGGCUCACUGUCCAUCACCUCAGCACGGAAAGAAGACACGUCUGAGUAUGAGUGUGUAGCCCGAAAUGUGAUGGGCUCCGUCCUCAUCAGGGUCCAGGUCACAGUCCAGGUUCACGGAGGUUUUUCCCAGUGGUCCACCUGGAAGUCUUGCAGUGUCAGCUGUGGCAAAGGUGUGCAAAGAAGGAGCCGUUUGUGCAACAACCCAUCCCCUGCCAAUGGUGGGAGUCCAUGCCCAGGGCCAGAUUCUGAGACUCGGCAUUGCCAGCCCAGGCUGUGUCCAGUGGCUGGUGGCUGGUCAGCAUGGAGCCCAUGGGAGGAAUGCACACGAAGCUGUGGGCCUGGCAACCAGACCCGGGUGAGGACAUGCAGUAAUCCACCUGCCCAGCAUGGGGGACGGCCAUGUGAGGGCAGCGCAGUGGAGACGAUCAUGUGCAACAACAGGCCUUGUCCAGUUCAUGGAGCAUGGAGCUCGUGGCAGCCAUGGGGUAUGUGCAGCCAUAGCUGUGGAAAAGGGAGCCAGACCCGAACCAGACUAUGCAAUAGCCCUCCCCCAUCAUUUGGGGGGUCGUAUUGCGAGGGUGCAGGGACUCAGACACAAGGCUGCAAUGAGAGACACUGCCCAGUUGAUGGCAGCUGGACUGACUGGGCCAGCUGGAGUUCCUGCACUGUGUCCUGUGGUGGGGGUGCCAGGCAGCGUACCCGGGAUUGCUCUAAUCCUGUUCCCCAAUACGGAGGAACCACCUGCGAAGGGACUGAUACCCAGAGUGAUUUUUGCAACACAGACCCUUGUCCAAUUCAUGGUCACUGGAGUCCCUGGAAUGGCUGGGGCCUAUGUAGCCGGACAUGCAACGGGGGUCACAUGCGUCGGUACCGCACAUGUGACAGCCCUAGGCCAGCCCAUGGUGGAAGAAUGUGCGGGGGCCCUGACUCCCAGAUCCAACGCUGCAAUAUGGACCCGUGUCCCGUGGACGGGAGCUGGGGGAGCUGGCAGAGCUGGAGUGGCUGCUCUGCAUCCUGUGGAGGUGGGGAGAGGACUCGCAAGCGGGACUGUGACAAACCCGCACCCUCCCAGAGCGGCCGUCCCUGCACAGGCGAUGAAACACAAAUCUCCAGGUGUAACACGCAGACCUGUCCAGGGGGGCCCCAGCAAGCCAGAGGAAGUGUUAUUGGAAACAUUAAUGAUGUUGAAUUUGGAAUUGCUUUCCUGAAUGCCACGGUCACAGAGAGCCCUACCUCUGAUAGUAGAAUAAUACACGCCAGAAUCACCAAUGUGCCCCGAAGUAUUGGUCCAGCAAUGAGAAAGAUUGUUUCUAUUCUAAACCCCAUCUACUGGACCACUGCAAAGGAAAUUGGAGGGGCGGUGAAUGGCUUCACACUCACCAAUGCAGUCUUUAAGCGAGAAACCCAAGUGGAAUUUGCAACAGGGGAGAUCCUGCGCAUGACGCACACAGCCCGAGGUCUGGACCCAAAUGGCAUCCUGCUGCUGGACAUAGUCAUCAGCGGCCACAUUCUGCAGCUCCCAGGCCUGGCCCAAGUCACCGUAAAGGACUACAGUGAGGAUUAUAUCCAGACGGGCCCCGGGAAGCUGCAUGCACGGUCUACACGGCUGUUUGCUGAGGGCGGCAUCAGCAUCCCUUACACCUGGAACCACACGGUGGUCUAUGAUGAGGCGCGUGGGCGGAUGCCCUUCCUGGUGGAGACGCUGCAGGCCUCAGCUGUGACCGCCCAUUACAGCCCCCUGGACGAGAGCCUGGACUUUCAGAUCCGUGCAGCCAUUUCCAAAGGAGAUCGAAGUAACCAGUGCCCAACUGGGUUUUUCUUGGAUUCAGUCGGACCUUUUUGUGCUGAUGAGGACGAGUGUGCAGCUGGGACUCCCUGCUCCCACCACUGCCACAAUGCCGUGGGCACUUUCUCCUGCUCCUGCCCACCGGGCCUCGCAAUUGCUGCUGAUGGCAGAACCUGCCAAGACAUCGAUGAAUGCUCUCUGGACAGCCAUAGCUGCCCCCCAGCCCAGGACUGCGACAACACCAUCGGCUCCUACCGCUGUGUGGUGCGCUGCGGAUCUGGCUUCCGAAGGACCUCGGAUGGGCUCAGUUGCCAAGACAUCAAUGAGUGCCAAGAGGCCAGCCCGUGCCAGCAGAGCUGCUCCAACACCAUCGGGAGCUUCCAGUGUGACUGUGAGCCUGGCUACCAGCUGAGAGGCAGGAAGUGCCUGGACAUAAACGAGUGUCGGCAGAGCGUGUGCCGGCCAGACCAGCACUGCAAGAAUACUCGGGGAGGCUACAGGUGCAUUGACCUCUGCCCAAGUGGCAUGACCAAAGCCCAGAAUGGCAGCUGCGUGGAUAUUGACGAGUGCAGAGAUGGUGCCCACCAGUGCCGCUACAACCAGGUGUGUGAGAACACCAGAGGCAGCUACCGAUGUGUGUGCCCACGGGGCCACCGGGCGCAAAGACUCGGCAAACCCUGUGUGGACAUUAACGAAUGUGAACAGGUGCCUAAGCCUUGUGCCUUUCAGUGCUCCAACACCCCUGGCAGCUUCAAGUGUGUGUGUCCGCCAGGACAACAUUUACUAGGGGACGGGCAGUCUUGCGCUGGACUGGAGAGGCUGCCGAGCGCCGGUUCCCAGUACCGUAGUUCUAACCCGGCCUGGUUCCCCCCGCUGAGAAGCCGCCAUCAACCCCAGCGGCAGUACCGAGCCUUCUCCCAGGUCUACGGCUCCUACUCAGAGUCUAGGCGCAGCGGGACAGCCCUCUCCAGGACUAGGAGGACUCUUAGGAGACCUUGCCCGGAAGGCUCAGAGGCCAGCUCUGGCGCAUGUGUAGAUAUCGAUGAAUGCGAGAGCAGAGACACGUGCCAGCACGAAUGUAAAAAUACCAUCGGCAGCUACCGGUGCCUCUGCCCACCCGGCUACCAGCUUAUGGCCAAUGGGAAGACGUGUCAAGAUGUGGACGAGUGUCUGGACGAGCGCAUACGCUGUGGCCCUGACCGCAUGUGCUUCAACACCCGGGGCAGCUUCCAGUGCAUUGACACACCAUGCCCACCUGGCCACCAGCGGGACCCUGAUUCUGGAUUCUGCUUCAAGAGCUGCCCCCCCAAUGACUUGGAAUGUGUCUUGAGCCCCUAUGCCCUGGAGUACAAACUUCUCUCCCUGCCCUCUGGCAUCGCCGCCAACCAGGACUUAAUCCGGCUGGUGGCAUACACACAGGAAGGGGUGAUGCAUCCCAGAACCUCCUUCCUCAUGGCCCAGGAGGCCCCCGCUGUUCCCUUCGCCUUGCGGGACGAGAACCUGAAAGGCGUGGUCUACACCACGCGCCCACUCCGGCAGCCAGAAACUUACCGCAUGAGAGUCCGCGCCUUGUCCUACAGCCCCAACGGGACAGUGGAGUACCAGACCACAUUCAUCGUCUACAUCGCCGUGGCUGCCUAUCCCUACUAGGGUGCCCCAGGCUCAGCCCCUUGCAGCCCUGCAACUGCCCAUCUUGAAUCCGGUGCUCUACUCGCUUCCCCGGGCUGUGCUGGGGGCAUGCCGAGGGGUCUCUGUUUCUCUGGGCCAGGCGUCUUGGUGAAGUCUAGACUGAGAAGUUUGUCCCUUGUGGUUUUCUUAAUUUAUUACACUGGAGCAGUUACUUUCCAAAGGUGAUUCCGAACAGCAAACAGGACCUAGCAGACUGUCAAUAAAUUACCAGUAGCUUCUUACCUAAGCUAGUUUGCUAUAGAAAAAAAAAAUACAAAUACAGAUAUAAUUACUAAACUCCAGCCAAGUGGCAUUUGGCCCUUUAUCAAAUAAUCAAACAGGUGUCUGGAUCAAAGCUUAUUAAGUAAUUUAUGAAAAAGCUCGUUUUAAGCUAUUCUUUCUUUAUGGUUCUUUUCUUGAGGAAAAAGAAUUAACACACCACUCUUGAAUUUUUUUUUAUUAUCCCAAAUGGUGCUUACCUUGAUUGAACCUACCAAAUAAGGAAUUUCUUUUGGUGUUUUGUGACAUCAAUGGCACUGACUUAAGAUGAUAGAAAAUAAUUUAUCCUCAGAUGGUGUUCAUGGUAUGAUGUUUAACAUUUUAUAUAACCUUUCAUUCAUUUAGCUCCAUAACUUUUACAUUCCAACAUAAUUACUGUCUGUUGGGAAUUUUUUUUAAAUGCCCACGGGAUAGUUUUCUUUGUUUUUGUCAAAAAUUUUGUAUGCUCAAAUUAGCAUAACUUUUAAACGUCAAUACACUGUAUGUGGUGGUAACAAACUCUGGAAGCAA